AUGGCUUCACGGAGAAUCGUUUCGUCUUUGGUACGAUCUUCCCUCCGUCCAUCUCCAUCCAAAUCCUCCAUCACCGCCUCAACAUCGAGACUCUCUUCUCAAUCACGUCCUUCUCCGUCCCCUUCCGCUUACUUUCUCAGCCGUGUAACGGAAUACGCCACCGCGGCUGCCGCUGCAGCUCCCGCUCCUCCUCCGGUUAGGAAAGUUAGCGGCGGUGAUGGAAAGAUUACUGAUGAACGUACAGGAAAAGGUGCCAUUGGACAUAUUUGUGCAAUCAUUGGUGCUGUAGUGGAUGUGAGAUUCGAAGAUGGAGUGCCUCCGAUCCUUACCGCGCUUGAGGUUCUUGAAGGCUCGCAACGGAUUGUGUUGGAGGUUGCUCAACAUUUAGGUCAGGGUGUUGUUAGAACUAUUGCUAUGGAGGCUACUGAAGGUGUUGUUAGAGGAUGGCGUGUGCUCAAUACCGGCUCUCCCAUUAGUAUUCCGGUUGGCAGGGCCACCCUUGGACGCAUCAUGAAUGUUAUUGGAGAACCUAUCGACCACAAAGGCGAAUUCAAAACCGAGCAUUAUUUGCCCAUUCAUAGAGAGGCUCCUGCUUUUGUUGAGCAAGCAACUGAACAGCAGAUCCUUGUUACUGGUAUCAAGGUUGUUGAUCUGCUUGCACCAUACCAAAGAGGAGGAAAGAUCGGGUUGUUUGGUGGUGCCGGUGUAGGAAAAACUGUGCUUAUUAUGGAACUUAUCAACAAUGUUGCCAAGGCUCAUGGUGGUUUCUCUGUUUUUGCGGGUGUUGGAGAAAGAACACGAGAGGGGAAUGAUUUGUACAAAGAAAUGAUUGAGAGUGGUGUCAUUAAGUUGGAUGAUAAGCAGAGUGAAAGCAAAUGUGCUCUUGUGUAUGGUCAAAUGAAUGAGCCACCUGGUUCUCGUGCUCGUGUUGGACUUACUGGACUCACUGUCGCUGAACACUUCCGUGAUGCUGAAGGACAAGAUGUGCUUCUUUUCAUUGACAACAUUUUCCGCUUUACUCAAGCAAACUCAGAGGUGUCUGCUUUGCUUGGUCGUAUCCCAUCCGCGGUUGGUUACCAACCAACAUUGUCUACUGAUCUUGGAGAUCUUCAAGAGCGUAUUACAACCACCAAAAAGGGUUCAAUUACCUCUGUCCAAGCUAUCUAUGUGCCUGCUGAUGAUUUGACAGAUCCUGCUCCUGCUACCACCUUUGCUCAUUUGGAUGCUACAACAGUGUUAUCAAGACAGAUCUCUGAGCUUGGUAUCUAUCCUGCUGUCGACCCAUUGGAUUCCACAUCUCGUAUGCUUUCCCCACUUAUUUUGGGCGAGGCACACUAUGAAACCGCCCGUGGUGUACAGAAAGUACUUCAAAACUACAAGAAUCUCCAAGAUAUCAUUGCAAUUUUGGGAAUGGAUGAGCUCAGUGAAGACGAUAAAAUGACUGUUGCCCGUGCCCGUAAAAUUCAGCGAUUCUUGAGCCAGCCUUUCCAUGUGGCUGAAGUUUUCACUGGUGCCCCUGGCAAAUAUGUUGACUUGAAGGAGAACAUUGCUAGUUUUCAGGGUGUGUUGGAUGGAAAAUACGACUCCCUUUCAGAGCAGGCAUUUUACAUGGUUGGUGGUAUUGAAGAGGUCAUUGCAAAGGGAGAGAAGAUUGCUAAAGAAAAUGCUGCAUCUUAA